AUGAGUGGCGAUUCGGACUCUGACAGGGUAAGCUUUGAUUCAGGCAUCUUCUUUAUACUUUGUUCCAUACGUAUUUGAUUUUUUUGUUUUUAUUUUGACUUUUGGAAAGAUGGCAAACUAAAAUUAUAUUAUUCAUGUUAGUCUUUUCGAAAUUUUGAUGUUUUGUUGCCUAAAAAUUGCUUUAUGGCUUGAUUUUGAUGCAUUUUUUGUAGGACGAUGCCCCAACUUCCAGCCGCGGGAGGACCAAGAGAACGGCCUCGAAAUAUGUUGAGAGCGGUAAGUUUUAAAUUAUUGGAUUGAUUCUUGGUUUAGGGUCUUCUACCGACGAUGAGGUCGAUGCUGAAAUGAAGAAGCCGAGAGUGAAGAAACCGGCGGCCAAGAAGGCUAAGCCUGUUGCCUCUGACGCCAAGAACGAGCUUGCUAAAGAGUUGAUUGUGUUCGAACAGGUUGAGCAAGAAGAAAUUGAAAGACAAAGGUAAAAUUUGGGUAUAUUUUGCUGUUUUCAUAUUCAAAACAUUUAUAUCAAGUUGCUGAGCAUCUUAAAUUUCAAUUGCAGAGCCGAAAUCGCAAAGAAAUUGAGGAAUUCGAGUGUCAAGUCCAAGCCGAAGGGAAAGAAAGACGAUUCAGAUAAGAGUUCGAUGAGUUCGUCUUCCAGCGACUCCGAAUCUGAUGGUGCGUGUUUUGUCUUUGUUGUUCUCGCUUUAGGAGCCUAAAUCAGCGUCUAUUUGCAAGGAUUUGUCAAAAAUUUAUAUUAUACUGGGUGUAUGGACCAUUUUUGAUAAAGAAAUUGGUUAUCUACGCAUUUUACGCUGCGAAAAAGUUGAUUGAGCCUCUUUCCAGGUGAAAUUCGUUCCGCAGGCAAGGAUGACGACGAACCCGACAUGGAUUUCCAUAAGCCAUCUGAAGUUGCAGCUAAAAAUGUGAAGAAGAGCGCUAUGAGCAAGUUGAUGGCCAAAAGGAAGGACAAGAAGGAAAAAGAGGUGGUGAAGAGUCGGGCUGUCUUGGAUAUCGAUGAAGUGUUUGGAACCGAAAUGGGUGGCGAUAAGACUAUGAGCUCAUCUUCAUCCUCUUCAUCCAGCAGAUCCUCAUCAAGAUCUUCGAGUCGCUCACGGUCGGGUUCUCCAUCCGCUUCAAGAGAAGUAAGUCAAUUUUGUCGAAAUUUAUGUCUUGGUUUUUAGAUUGAGAACAAGGAUGAGCUUGAACUGGCAAGGAUCUCUCGGUUCCGACUCGCUCAAUAUGUCCAUCUGCCAAAUUUUAAUAAGCUUGUGACCGGCUGCUACGUUCGAAUUGGAAUUGGAAAGAACCCGGCAACUGGUGAGGAUGUCUAUAGGGUAAGUUGGCUGCCUUUUGGCCAGAGCUAAUCGCAUUUUCUUUCAUUUUCUGCCCUAUUUUUAUAUUGUACUACCGAUUCAUAUGGGUGUUUUCAGAUUUGCGAGAUUGUCGAUGUUGUAGAGACGUCGAAGGUCUACAAUAUUGAGAAAACCCGAACUAACAGAGGCCUGAAGCUGAAGCACGGAGCGUCGAGUCGGGUGUAUCGGCUGGAAUUUGUAUCUAACCAAAAAUUUGCGGAGAAGGAGUAUGUCCAUUGGAUCAAAGAAAUGAGGGAGCAUGUAAGGUUUGAGUCUUGAUUUUGAUUCGGUAUUUAGAAUCAAUCCUUGCCAACCAUCGAUGAGGUCACAAAUAAGCGAAAGGAAAUCGAAGAAGCGAGCAAACAGAACUUCAGCGAUGCCGAUAUUAAUUAUGUGAGUUUUUGAGUCAUUUAAUAGCGAAGGAAACGAAUUGAGAGAUAGCGAAUGAAUAUAUAUGAAAAAUGAAAGUAGUAUCAAUUUCUACUUGCUAUGAGCUUCCGAAUGAUAUGUACCUUCACCGAUUUGCCGAUUUCCGAAAUGUUAAUUUACCUUGUUUUAGACCAUGCCCAAGUCUGGUAUUGUUUUUGAUUUUUUCAGAUGAUCAAAGAAAAACAACGUUGGAAAGAUGAUCCCGUCAACUUUGCCGUAGAGAAAGCACGACUGUUGAAGGCGAAGGUUGGUUUAAUUUUUAAUUUUUAUAUUGUAGUAG